UGCGAACAAGAUGAUUGUUCUCACGUCGUCGAACAAGAUUCAAGCAACAUACACGCUCACAAGGUCUCAGAGUCGUGCCUCCAGGCCACUUUAAUGCAAUGCCGCUCGUGAACGGCAGGAAAAGACGUGCGCCCGAACAAGCGGAAGAGUCGGCCUCACCAUCACUGCAGCGUUCACCAGAACCUGCAACACAAAGACGCAGGACGCAAGGCCAUGACGAUGAAGAUGGUGCCUUUGCUGGGGAUCAUGGACAAACACAAAAUGGCAGCAACGAUGAGCUGGCCAAGAAGCUCGUUCGCUUCGCCCUAGCAUGUGAAUAUGGUCGAAGACCGAUACGACGACAAGACAUCAACGAGAAGGUCCUUGGAUCGGCAAGUGGCCGAGGAAAGCUUUUUACUGCUGUCUGGGAUCAAGCACAAUACCAACUCAGGUCCGUUUUUGGCAUGGAGAUGGUCGAACUGUCCGCCCGGGAGAAAGUUACUUUGCAGCAGAGGAGAGCUGCUCAGAAGAAGGAAACGCAGAGCCAAACCAAGACGACGUCAGCAUGGAGCUUGGCGAGCGUGUUACCUCCUGAGCUGCGAGAUCCAGCAAUCCUGGCGCCUGCUGCUGCGCCCACCAGUGAUGCCGAAGCGCAGUACAUCGGCAUCUACACGACGCUAGUAUCUUUGAUCCUUCUCUCGGGUGGCACCCUACCAGACACCAAGAUGGAGCGUUUUCUUCGCAAGCUGGGCAUUGAUGAUCGGACAACGCUGGCCGGAUAUGAGAAGAACGAGCAAUUGAUGAAGAGACUUGAAAAAGACGGAUACUUGUACAAGCUGAAAGAGAGCACAGGAACUGGCGAAGACGACACAUACUUCGUGGUUGGACCAAGAGGGAGACUAGAGGUUGGUGAAGAUGGUGUGCGUGGAGUAGCACGAAUGGUCAUGCCACCACAAACCGACGAAGAAGAAGAAGAGCUGGACAAGAAGAUCAUGCGCAGCUUGGGAAUCUCCGAUAAGCCAGCAGGCCAAACGCAACAAGGUGAACCGGCUCCGAAAAAGCCCCGGCAGCGGAAAAAUGCCGCCCCGCAGGACGAGGACGAGUCUGAAGAGAAUGAUGAAGACGAUGAGGAACACGAAGGAUGACAUCCCCACAGUUUUGCAUCCCUCUGGAUUGCAGCAUCAACCGCUUUCGGACUGCAGGAUCGUGCUAUGCAGUGGCAGCCACGGACCGGUUUCGCCUUGCAACUCUUCUGGCCCAUCUACUCAGGAUGCUAAUUAGCACUUCUGGGCCAAUUUGAGGGCUAAGACUCCACUUUUCAGGCCAGCGGUCCUCUUGUCCACCCGAUGACAGACCAAUUUGUAAAUCGGCGAGCACGCGGCAAGAUGUGAAAACACGAUACAUACGAUCCAGACGCUUAGAGAGACUUAGACUCGAAGUGGCGUACCCGAAGCGCUAAACACACGCCUGGAAAGGUCUU